GGUCCUCGAAAAAAAAUAAUUUGGCACUAAAUUGGAAAAGAUGUAUAAAUUUGUGGCCGCUUGCUAUGCCCUGACGACGGUUUUUUUUUUGCCUAAUGAGUCGAAAAAUAUCGAAGGGAAUUUAAACGUGUCCCCCGAACUGGACGAGAAUAGAUACAUCUCCUUGGACAAAAACAACAUAAACGACUUCAUCAAGGUGAAGGAAAACAAUUUUCUGUUCAGCGUUACCUGCGGGACGUCCAAAUUUUUGAGCGGCGUGAAGAAUUACGUUCUACACCUGCUGGAUGCACUCCGGUCGGAUCAGGUGAACCCCGAAAAUGUAGAGGCCCUCGAAGGAGUCGUGGAAAGGACGUGGGACAGGGAAAAUAAGGAGUUCCUAGAAACGACAAAAAAGCUAAUCGAGCAGUACACAGAGAACGACUUGUUCAUUCUGCAAAUAGGACUCAACAGCAUCGCGUCAGCAAUUAUCGAUAAACCGGAGAAUGUAAUUUUUGUAGAGGAAAAUGUACAAGUGUGUAAGAAUUAUUUCAUCCACAAGGAGAAUAGGUGUCUGUUACUGUUGAAGGGAGUGGAGUUCUACUGCAAGAAGGAUGAUGAGGGUGAAGAAGAAAAGUACAUACAUGAUACGCUCGAUUUAAUCUCAAAAAUUUACCAAAAUAGAAACAACCAAGUGAUAGAUGUUCUGAUUGUAAGUCACAAGUAUCCAGUGGCCUUGCUAUAUUAUAUGUACCCCUACAUGGAUUCCUCCACGUUGGUAAUCCUAAUGGAUAACUUAAACCACCAAAUGAAGGAGGCCAUUUUUGAGUACUACAAUUUUAUAGGCGAGGCAGAUUUUUCCAAAAGUUUCGAAAAACACUUCUUCAACUCCUACAAGGAGGACGAACAUAAUGAUAGUAACCCCAGGGAAAAUGCUCCCCCGAAAUAUGAACUUAACGAAAAUGCCUACAUCUAUAGCAAAAUGAAGCAAUCUCCAUUUUACGUAAUAACAUUAAAUCCUAAAAUAAUGAUGAACCCGCCACAAAAUCGGUACAAAUUUUUUAUAUCCAAGGAGUACACGUCCUCCUACGAGACAGAAAUUACUAAAAUGAUAAAGGACAUUGAAAAAAUAUUAAAGCUCAAUGGUACCUUCUACGAAAAGAAUAAAGCCUUAGUUCAGAAUUAUUUCUCCGUAAUAAAUGAAUUCGAAUUUGAAAUUGAUAAUGAUAAAGAUAAUGAUAAUGAUGGGCAUGUGAAGAAGCACGUGACGGAUAUGCUGACGUCUAUUCUGAAUUCCUUUGCCACCACAGGAGAUAUAAAUAAAAAUAAUUACAACUACGCUUUGGAGAAUUUGGGAAAUAUUUUCCAAUUAAUGCUUUUCAAUGUUUAUAAUAACUCAAAAUUUAAGCUACUUUUUACUCCUCUUAUAGAUUUUUUCAAAUUGUACUUAAAUAAAAAUGACGCAAAUUAUAUUACGUAUGAAUUUCUUCUCUAUGGACUGAUUAAGAAUUCUAGCCAGGUUGCCUCCUAUGAGCUGAAGGAACUUCUCUUCCUUGAUGUUCUAAGAGAUGUUUCCAAAACGGUGAAUAAACUUUCCAUUGCGGAAGUCAUCCAAGUAGUUACCAGGCUGAACAUUCUACUGAAGAAACUCAGGUCCAGGGAAGACAUCACUCACGUUAAGGAGUACGUUAAACGGGACUUCAAUCUCGACUACAUUAACAACGAGUUGUAG